GUCGGGCUCCCUGCAAACAGUUGCAGGCAUCCUUACCACGCCCUCCUUAACACGCCCUUCUCUGGGGAGUCCAGAAACUUGGCGCUGGGGAAGUAAGUUUCCAGAGCCACAGCAGCGGCUGUGGAGGAGACCGGCAAACAGUGUGCGUUUGGGAUCUCCAAGUCUCUCCCUAUUUGUGUUGUGUGGGUUAAUGGAUUUUUAGUACAAAGAAAACCUAAACCCAGCUGACUUGAAAGACUGGAAUUUCAGCUCUCUUCUUUUGCUGGGAUGUUUUUUCUCCCUCUUCCUCUGAAAACAUUUUAAACUCGAUUACCAGGUCAGUGACCAGCCCUCCACUUCCAGGAGUGUCUAGCUCUUGGCUUGGAAAGAAAACCACCACCUAACUGUGCACCAUCUGCAAAAUCGUCAACGGGCUGACUUCUCCUGCCAUUGGCUGUAGUUUCUUCAGACUUCUCUCACAGAUUAUAAGGAAACUACUUGUCAAAGUGGUCUGCAUUUUUAUGAUGAGCUUUUGGCUGUCACGAGAGGAUUAGGAAAGCACUUGGGAGGCACAUUAAUCUUGCCAGCGUUGUCAGGAGUGAUCAGCGAGUUUUAUUAAAAAGCCCAGAUCGCCUCAAAGGCCUCCUUGUCUGAGUCUGAAUGGAAGGGGCAUGGUAAGAUCUUGGGGCAUGCUAUUGGGACCCCUGGUCUCACCCCGUGGACUGCGAGCUGACACUCUGGGAGGAAGUACAGGAGUCCUGCUUUGUUGAGCAGAUUGUACCUGCGGACAGACCUGGCCAGGGCAUCAUGAACUCUCCGGGUUGUACUGGGCCCAAGGCCCUGCUGUUCUUGCUGUUCCCACUGCUUCUGGACCUGGCCAAUUCCACCUUCAUCAGCAUCAACCGGGGCCUGAGGGUGAUGAAGGGCAGUUCUGCCUUCCUGUCUGAAGAUCAUCUGAAGUUUGCCAUCCCCAAAGAGAAGGAUGCCUGUCGAGUGGAGGUGGUGAUGAAUGAGCCGAUAACCCAGAGGGUUGGGAAACUCACUCCACAGGUCUUUGAUUGCCAUUUCCUUCCCAACGAAGUACAGUAUGUUCACAACGGAUGCCCAAUUCUCGAUGAAGACUCCGUGAGGCUUAGACUUUACAGAUUUACUGAAACUGACACCUUCAUGGAAACCUUUCUCUUUCGAGUCCAUCUUGUGGAGCCAGACUGUAACAUCAUCCGUCUAAGCAGGAAUAUGCUGGAAGUGACUGAAUUCUAUGGCUUAUCCCAAGCCAUUGAUAAGAACCUGCUCCAGUUUGAUUAUGAUAGGACAGCCAACCUGGACUGCACCAUCAGACUGGACCCAGUGGGCACUCAGCUGCCAGCCCAUGGCAAGCUGGUUGUGAUGAAUCGUAAGCCAGAGGGACCUCGUGGAGAUCAGCCCCACAGCUUUUUUCCUGAGACCCAGCUGGGGGCAGGACUGAAGUGUCCAGGUGGAAGCUGUGCCCUGGGCCUGCAGAAAGUGGGAAGUCUGAAAGUGAGCUGUGAGGAGUUCCUGCUGAUGGGCCUUCACUACCAACACACACAACCCCCUUCGCCCAACGUUGAUUAUAUUGCCAUCCAGCUGGAUCUCACGGACCGAAGGAGUAAAGCCACGUACAAGUCAGAGAGCGCGUGGUUGCCCGUCUCUAUUAGAGUCGGCAUUCCUAACCAGGCUCCGAGGGCUGCAUUCAUGGCCAUGUUUGUCCUGGAGGUGGACCAAUUCAUCCUGACCCCCCUGACAACCUCAGUUCUGGACUGUGAGGAAGAUGAGACCCCCAAACCCUUGUUGGUGUUCAACAUCACCAAAGCCCCGCUCCAGGGCUAUGUGACCCACCUGCUGGAUCACACCAGACCCAUCUCUUCAUUCACCUGGAAGGAUCUAAGUCACAUGCAAGUUGCCUACCAGCCACCAAACAGCAGCUAUCCGGAGAGGAGACAUUACAAGGUGGAGCUGGAGGUGUACGACUUCUUCUUUGAGAGGAGUGCCCCCAUCACUGUGCACAUCUCCAUCAGAACAGCAGACACAAAUGCCCCCCGGGUGUCCUGGAAUACAGGUGUGGGUGUAGUCCCGAGGGAGAUACAAGGAAGUGGAUGGGUCAAGAAAAAUACUUUUAUUCCAUUUCAUCCAUGAGGUAAUGGAAACCCAGACAGACCCAAACCAGCAGACAGUUACCUCGCUUCUGCUUUUUCCUAGUAGCUGGUGAGAAACUGAAAUCCAGCAUCCUUGGGUCCUUUGGCUACCUUCCAUCUCUGGGAGAGACACCAUAAAAGUGUCCCCAUCUCAGCCGAAUGGAGUCAGAAAGUGGCUGCC